CUCCCCGAUUUGUGGAUCGGCAAAUAAUCCACCCUUGAGAGGCCCUUCCGCUGAUGUUUUGUCUCAUCAGGUUUGUUUCCGUGAGUGUGAGGUAUUUGUGGAAUCGUCCCUGAUGAACGCCACAAUGGUUAGACGCGGCUGAGAUGUGUUGCUCUCCUAGGAAAAGACGGUCAGUAGGAGGAAGGAGUCAGGUACCCUUUCGAGGUCUUGGUGAUCUGGACAAGCCUAGGUCCGGGGAAAGGCCCGCGUGGUCCAGGCUCGACGGAUGCGGGGAACACCAGCCCUUCAGGGAUAGGGGAGCUCGAUGCGAGGACCUCCAGCUGGAGACGACAACGCCGACGGCGUGACCUCUAUCUCGAUGCGCUGGCCCCUGACAAAAUGGAAGCAAGUGGCUGUUGAUGCUCCUUGACCUCCUCUGGACGUGCUUGGCCACGUGAAGCAAAUGAUCGGUCAAGCAAUCUGAAGCGAGCUGUGGCGCCUGACCGUCAAAACCCACAACAGAAACUGGAGUUACUGGAGCUUCCUUCGAGCUGGAACAGUCUGAAUUACCAAAUACUCUCGUCAUGUGCUCCCUUUGAGCGUUGCUGGGAAAGGGGCUCGGUCACGGGGAGAGUAACAAGCUGCUCUCGCCUCGAACCUGCAACGGUCUGGUCUCUUCUAUUUCGCCACAAGUAGGAGAGCAUGAAUUUGAGCUUCCGAUCCCAGCAACAAUUUAUUGACACACGGCAAUAACUUCUGCCCAUGAGUGCGCGUUCAGUGGCGUCGGAUUGGCAAUCAGCCAUGAAUUGUAAUGUGAUUGGCCGUAGGGCGGCUUGCCUCGGGAGUACUGUUAGUCAUCGGCACAGUGGGGGCUGGAACGACCCGAAACUCAACCCGGCCUAAGUUUCGUCAUUCGGAUGCAGUUUUUCGCGUCGUGCAUGCUUUUGAGGGAUUUGUUUGUGACAGGUCUCCUUGCUCCGGCAGUAAAGAUGAGAAAAAAAAUACUGCAUGUAGGGUGUUUUGAGCGUGUCGCGGUGGUCCGGCGAGCUGUAGAUGAACCGUUGGAAUGCCGUUUCCAGCACUACCAGGACGGGUAUAGGCUCGAUUCCUUAGCCGAAAACUGUGUCUCCCCGCAAAUUCGGUUCUUAGCCUCCAGCCCAGCUUCUACUUUUACUGGACGACCUUUGACGAUUGUGUCUAUUCGACGUCAUUAGUCCUUGUUCCCUUGGCCCGCCGCGGCUGGCCUUGGAACUCGUGGAGGACUCGUGAUGAACUUCCAGUAGAGAUUCACAUUGCCAGGCGAAUUUACUUUUGGAUUGUGUCAUGGUUCCGCGAAUGGACAGGAUGAACGGGGAACUGUCGUUUUCAGCAACUUCUCUGCGGUCCUGCGGCAGUCAUAAAGCAGCUAGGUUUUUCUACUUUUCUUCCUCCUGCACCAUCCUCAGCUGAGGCAUUUAGUGGACUUUUUUCCGACACGAGCUAUCUUUUUGAUAACACCUCAUCCCGAAUUCUUGAUUUCCUCCAUUCUUGUUGGUGCAGCUUCCGGAACCACUUCGUGUCCACAUCUGGGGUUCGGGUCAACUCGGAUUGCCGUGAGAGCCAUUUGUCGCCUCAACUCGGCCUCAGCCCCGACAUCACCCGUGAAACUGUGGAGAAGCCUCACGGAGAAGGGGACUGAAACAGCUCUGGGCGCCUAUACUGCUGUGAUCAUGGGUCCUGGUGCAAACAUUCAUAUACCCCCGGAGGCCCCCUCGUCUCCAGGUCCUCUCUACUCAGAUUUCUUCCAACAGCAGAUUGCAAAGCAACGAAACAACAACUAUCACUCGACUUCACUAAGAAACAUGGUUGCUACAUCUGUGAAUCGUACUGCCCUGCACCCUGGUGGUGUUCAGCCUGGCAAGGGUCACACUGAGCUUGAAGAAGAACUUCAUGAACAUGCCCACAUUGACUACGAGCGCGUUGCUAUUAUCGCCAACCCUUCUGUCGCUGCCCUCUAUGAAGAUGCUCUUGUAUACGAAACCGGUACUGCUAUCACAUCAAGCGGUGCCCUCACAGCCUACUCUGGCGCCAAAACUGGGCGCUCACCUUCAGAUAAGCGUGUUGUCAAGGAGGAGUCCUCGGAAAACGAGGUCUGGUGGGGACCUGUCAACAAGCCCAUGACUCCUGAAGUUUGGCGUAUCAACCGCGAGCGUGCUGUCGACUACCUCAACACCCGAAACCGCAUUUACGUUAUCGAUGGCUUCGCUGGCUGGGAUGAGCGUUACCGUAUCAGCGUCCGUGUCGUCUGCGCGCGUGCUUACCAUGCUCUCUUCAUGCGAAACAUGCUUAUCCGCCCCUCCGCCGAAGAACUCCAGCACUUCCACCCCGACUAUGUUAUCUACAACGCCGGCUCUUUCCCCGCCAACCGCUUCACAGAGGGUAUGACUUCUGCCACAUCAGUCGCCAUCAACUUUGCCGAGAAGGAGAUGGUCAUCCUGGGUACCGAGUAUGCCGGAGAGAUGAAGAAGGGUGUCUUCACCAUCCUCUUCUACGAGAUGCCCGUCAAGCACAACGUCCUUACUCUACACUCUUCCGCCAACGAGGGACAGAACGGCGAUGUCACAGUUUUCUUUGGCCUGUCCGGAACCGGCAAGACCACUCUCUCUGCUGACCCUAAGCGUGCUCUGAUCGGUGAUGACGAGCACUGCUGGACUGACCGUGGUGUCUUCAACAUUGAAGGUGGUUGCUACGCCAAAUGCAUUGGCCUCUCCGCUGAGAAGGAACCCGAUAUCUUCAACGCCAUCCGCUUCGGAUCUGUCCUUGAGAACGUCGUCUUCGACCCCAUCAGCCGUGUUGUUAACUACGACGACUCCACUCUCACGGAAAACACUCGCUGCGCCUACCCCAUUGAGUACAUUGAGAACGCCAAGAUUCCCUGCUUGUCCGACAACCACCCCACCAACAUUAUCCUCCUUACCUGCGACGCCCGUGGUGUUCUCCCCCCGAUCUCCAAGCUCACCACUGAGCAGACCAUGUUCCACUUCAUCUCCGGUUACACCUCCAAGAUGGCCGGUACCGAGGACGGUGUUACGGAACCCCAGGCCACCUUCUCCUCGUGCUUCGCUCAGCCCUUCCUUGCCCUGCACCCCAUGCGCUACGCCCGCAUGCUGGCAGACAAGAUCUCGCAGCACAAGGCUAAUGCGUGGCUCCUCAACACCGGUUGGGUUGGCGCUGGCGCCACCACCGGUGGCAAGCGUUGCCCUCUGAAGUACACCCGUGCCAUCCUCGACGCCAUCCACAGCGGCGAGCUCGCUCAGGCUCAGUACGAGACCUACGACGUCUUCAACCUCCACGUCCCCACAAGCUGCCCUGGUGUUCCUGAUGAGCUGCUGAACCCCAAGAACAGCUGGACCGCCACAACGAGCUUCUCAGACGAGGUUAACAAGCUCGCCAAGCUGUUCAACGAGAACUUCGAAAAGUACGCUGACCAAGCUACCAAGGAGGUCAUCGAGGCUGGUCCUAUUGUCUCGCAAUAGACGAUCAAAAAAUCGCUUUUUCUCUCUGUUUCUCUAUUUCCUUUACUCAUGUUUCUUAUGAUUUCCCCAUUUUCCGGUUCAUAUUUCUCUUUCUUUUUUUCAUAUCUUGCAUGGCGUGCUACGUUUUCUCAAAUAAUUUGGGUCUGAGUUUGCUCUCGCGAGAGGGCCGGGAAUCAUGUAACUUGGCAAUUGCCUUUUGGGCUCCAGUGAUGUGUGAAGAUGGCCGCAAUGGUCAGUAGAGGUUAGAUAAUCCAUGGCUAUUCCCG